AUGAGCAGCACCUUCAACGAUCAGACACGGGGGACAGAUGUGACGAAGAUGUUCCCCGAUCGGGUGAAACAGAAAACAUUCCUUAUAGCAGGCCUCAAAAGAGGAGACCUAGCGGCAACAACAGCAGACGCCCUCGCACACGGCGGAGCAGGAACUAUAAUAUACACCGGCCGCUCCCAGCCCGAAGUCCAACCCGUCAUCGACCACAUCAACCGGAAGCACAAAAAUGUCAAGAUGAUUUUUGUCACAGCGGACUCCAGUAGCCUGGCUUCGUUUCGUGAUGCAGCGCAUGCUAUUAAAAACCUGGAAGUAGGCAUUGACGCGUUCAUUGGGUUUCCAGAGGUCAUGGCUGUACCGUGGGAGCUAACGGAGGAUGGGAUCGAGUCACAUUUUCAGAGGAAUUACCUGUGUUAUUUCCUGCUGUUGAAUUUGCUAUGCGAUGUCAUGUUGCCAAGAUCGAGGGUAGUGUUGGUUACGUCCAGUAUGCGGACGGAGGCGCCUGCGCCUACAUGGGACGACAUCGGAUUUUCGGAUGGAGAGAACUACCACUGCCUUGAUGGGUAUGCGCAAUCAAUGCUUGCGAUCAUCUUGUUUGUCAAGUCCCUUGCGAAGAAGUAUAGUGGUCGAUCCAUCACUGCGUUUUCCGCGAAUCCAGGAAAUACCAAAACCAACGUCCAGACAUUCGUCGCUUGGGAAGAUAUCAACUCUUGGUUGCAGCGAAAGAAAGAAGGCAUGUUCGACAAGUCUCGAUGUCAGUACCUAUGUGACCGAUCUGACACAAUAUCUCUUGAUCAUCCAGCGAGCGAAGAUCUCUCGGUGCUUCUACAGCAAGCGCCGAAAUCCUUUGCUCAGGGCAGUGCCACGGUCUUGCGCGGAUUGCUUGAUCCGGAGCUCGAAUCCCAAUCUGGAGCGUUUCUCGAUCAUUGCCAGACACCCAAGUUACCGCAUCUUGACUUCCCGGCGGGCGAAGAAAGUGCAGAGGCUCUCUGGAGGCGAAGCCAAGAGUUAAUCGAGACAUUUCUUUCCUGA